AUGCGGCGACACCUCGGAGCAGCGCUGCUCUUCUUGGCCGGUUUGGCCAUUGUGGCUGACGCCGCCAAAUCUGACGACCUCGUCAGAAACUUGCCGGGCCUCACUUAUUAUCCCAACUUCAACCAAUACUCCGGAUAUCUUAAUGGCUCUCCAGGCAACUAUCUCCACUACUGGUUUGAAAUUUGGAUAUUUUUCUUCUUGAAACACUUUCAGUGUAGUGUUCGUUUUCUCUGCUGACGUAGUAGAGAUGAAAUGUGGAGUAUUCAUCAAGUUUUUUUCUACAAUUUUAUGUUUUCUUAACCCAUUUUUUAGAGUUAAACCGCUUCUCGAGUUCUUUAAGGACAGUGCAAAAGAAUCAAAUUGAUCUGAGAAGAAAAUAUUUGCUCUGUUCUCCAAUACAGUUUUGGGCUUAUUUAUGUUCAGAAAAACCCAAUUGAAUGUUUCAACUAAUACUUUUUAUUGAAAUGAAAAUUUGUUAAUUUUUUUGUAUUCAGACCUUAUUUGCAGAUCUUGCGUUCGAAUAUUUGAAAAAAAUUUACAAAAGCAAAUAAAAAAAUCACUUUUCAUCCUCAUUUGGUCGUAUUUCGUCGUUUUCUUAUCUUUUACCAAAACGACGUUUUUUCAUCAUUUUUGUUAGCUAUGACCGCACUCAGUAGGCCUGAAUAACCAGCUUAUUGAAGCUGAUAAUUUUUUCUUAUCAAUUUUAUAGACGUUAAAGAAGCGAGUUCGUAAAGAUAUCUUUGUUGGUUCAGUGACGAGUCGAGAGUUUUGUAAUUUAGCCAAUUAUCAUCAUUUUUUUUUGGCUAAUGAUGUGUGCGAACAGAUAAAAGUUUCCAGAGAAACAUCCAGAAGAAGACUUUGUUACUAAGACUCUUUCUUGUGGGAAAGAAGUUUCAAGAAAAAUUGAGUUUUUUUUAGGCUGGUCGAGGCUCAGACCAAUCCUGACAACGCACCUUUGGUUCUGUGGUUGAACGGAGGGCCAGGUUGUUCUUCGCUUCUCGGAAUUUUGACAGAAAACGGUCCAUUCCGCGCUAACCAGGACGGUUCGCUGCUUGUUGAGAACCCUCAUUCUUGGAACAAGGCAAGUGAUGAAUUGGGAAUAUCUUUAUACUGUGAUUUUCGUUAUUCAAGGCCACGAAAAAAAUUAACAUAGGGUUUUUCAGGCCGCUAACGUUCUCUACCUCGAGUCCCCAAGAGACAUUGGAUUUUCUUACAGAGACAAUGCAACGUAUGGACCCGAUACUCUUUACAAUGAUGUCAAGGUAGUUGGAAACAUUAAAGGAAAAAAAAAACUUUGUUACUUCAGACAGCUAGCGACAACGCUCUUGCUCUUGUCAACUUUUUUCAAGCCUUCCCUGAAUACAACGGACGAGAGUUCUAUAUCACGGGAGAAUCUUACGGAGGCGUCUAUGUUCCCACUCUCACUCAACUUAUCAUUCAAAUGAUUCAGGUGAAAGAAAAAAUUUAAAAAAUUGCAUUCUUUGAUUUUUCAGAACAACACUCUGCCGAACGUGAAUCUAGUGGGUAUGGCUGUCGGAAACGGAGCUCUCAGCCGAAAACAGCUCACCAAUUCUGCCAUCGAUCUGCUGUUCUACCGAGGAAUGCUUGGCGUCGAGUAAUCUUUUGAAACUGCUAGCGCGACAAAAAAAACUUUCAGUCAAUAUGAAGCUCUACGUCAGUGUUGUCCAGAGACUCCUCUAGGACCAUUGGCUGACUGCGACUUUUCGAAGGUUCUAUUUUUUGUUCAACUGAGUUUUCAUCCAAACUUUUCUUAGUUCGUCACUUUCGACAGUUGGGGAGAUCCAGUACCUCUGAAUAACACCAACGAUGCCACGACUAUCUACUGCGGUAAAAUGGUUGCCGAUCUUUCUACGAAUGCUGUCUGGGCUACUUAGUAAAUUGUCUAGUAUUUAUUUGGAAUGUACUUUAUACUUUCAGCAAUGACGUCUAUAAUUCUUACCAAGACUGUUACAACUUCACAGGAACUACACAGCAGAAUAUCGAAGUUUCAAACCUGUUUUCAUAAAUGCAAAACAAAAAUCUUAUUGCUAGGAACUUCAUCGGAAGCUGUUGAGAAAGACCGGUAUGAGAACUCCAUCUCGGAACGUCAACAAACUGAUCUCUUCAUCAAACUUGUACUCCAUGUUCAGCACCGGAUCCAACCCUUUCGUCGACCAAGGAGUACUGAUAAGAGUCUUUUGCAUAAUUGAAACUAAUCGCAUUACUGGCGAUUCCUAAUAAUAACACUAGCAGACAGAAACACUGAUAGAGGAGAUUAUCGGCUUACAGGCCCUCUACAACAGAAAAUCGACAGACGCCCUGCAAGGCUACGCUUGUUACGCCGAAGACGGAGCCAAUGCCUAUCUAAAUCGGGCCGAUGUGCGCGCCGCGCUCAAUAUUCCGUUGAACGUUCAAGCUUGGCAAUCUUGCAAGUACGAUCCACAUUUCAAUCAAAAAUGAAAAAAAAAAGACGAGAAGCUAAAAUGCAUUCAUCCCGAUUUGGUCUGGAUCAGCAUCUUUCAACACGAAGAACAGAAAAAAGUAAAAAAAAAAAUGAAAAAUUUCAGUUGUUCCACUUUUAUUUUAUUUUUUUUUGAUGUAGAAGUAAUUCGGUGCGAAAGACUAAAAAAGUUCAUGUUUUAGUGACGCGAUCAAUGAACAGUACUACAUCCAGCAAACACCGGACACGACAUACAUUUUCAAGUUCUUUGUCGAUUCGGAGUACCCUUUGAAAGUUUUGAUCUACAACGGAGACGUUGACCUCGCUUGCAAUUUUUUGGGAGACCAAUGGUUUAUCGAGAACUUGGCCACGUCUACCUAUCAGGUACUUUUUUCAAUGAAACCGUCUAUUUUGUGAAGUUCAGUUCAAUCUAAUCACAAACCGAACUGAGUGGGACUACACUAGACCUGGAGGUUAUGCGUCACAACUUGCCGGUUACGUAAAAUCCUGGUCCUACAAAAACUUCGCAGUUGAUCUUCUCACUGUCGCGGUACUUUGAUCCGACGUUAUACUCUAAGAAAUGGCUUCAGGGAGGAGGUCACAUGGUUCCGAUGGACAGACCUGGUCCAGCUCUCCAGAUGUUCUACAACUUCCUCUUCAAGAAGAAUUACAACCAAACUGUGCCUUAUUCUCUGUCGACGCGGCCACUGCGUGCGCAAUACGCGCCAGUUCAGCAGAAAUCUUGUAAAUUAUAUUUUAAUAAUUCUAAAAUCAGUGUCACUUAAAAAAACUCAAAAAGAUGAAGUUCGAAAAUCUGAGGAAUCUAUGGCGAUAUUUUUCCUAAAAAAUUUAAAAGCUGUACGGAGCUAAAAAAAUUUUGAGCUUUUCGUUUUUCGUCAAAUUGAUGCGCUUGCAAAUUUUUCGGAACUUAGGAUGAAUCUCGAUAUUUUUUAUUGAGUUUCUUGAUAGGGACGAGAAAACAAGCUGACAGAGUCUGGAAUUUGCCGGGAGUCACCUACGGUCUCAACUUCAAGCAGUAUUCCGGCUACCUCAACGGAGUCACUGGAAACUAUUUGCACUAUUGGUAAGAACUGUCAUCAAAGAGACAGCUCAUAUUUGAAUUUCUCUAUUGGUUUUUUUCCAUUACUAACUUUCAAUCUGGACAGUCAUAUCUUCAUUUCAGGUUUGUGGAAUCGCAGAACAACCCGACCUCUGACCCGCUUGUCCUCUGGCUUACUGGAGGCCCUGGAUGUUCUUCUUUGCUUGCGUUCCUCACUGAACUCGGUCCAUUCCACCCGAACCCCGACGGCAAAACUCUUUUCGAAAACGUCUACUCUUGGAAUAAAGUGGGAAAAGUUCAAAAAAGAGAUAGAUUUCCUUUCUCAGGGUGCCAACGUUAUUUUCUUGGAAUCACCUCGAGGAGUGGGUUUCUCUGUUCAAGACAGAAACCUCAACAACGACACGAUUUACGACGACGACAGGGUGCUAAAAAUUAGUUUUUUUUUUUAAUCUGUGAAUUGAAUUCAGACUGCCUGGGACACGUUCUUGGCUUUGAAAGACUUCUUCACCGUUUAUCCUGAGUAUGAAGGCCGUCCUUUCUUUGUCACUGGUGAAUCAUAACUGAAUUCCAUCGAACAAAAAAUAAUUAUUUAGGAGAGUCAUAUGGCGGUGUUUACGUUCCCACUUUGACCUCUCUUCUUAUUGAUCAAAUUCAAGUGAGCAAGUAGAAAUUUCGAAGUUAACCAAUCUAUAUUUAAAGGCUGGAAACUUCCCUCAAUUGAACUUGGUUGGAAUGUCAGUUGGAAACGGAGAGCUCUCGUCGAUUCAGCAGUUCAACUCUGCUAUUAACAUGGGAUACUUCCACGGUCUUUAUGGAAAAGAGUAAUUAGAGUUUUCAAAGCCAAAAAAAAAGUUUCUUCUGUUCAGAGAAUGGGACUCACUGCAACAGUGCUGCAACAGCUCGAAAACGAACUCCCAGUGGUUCGAAUAUUGCAAUUUCGCGCAGUACGUCAACAUUGACACUUCUGGCAGUGCCAAUCCAAUUGACAACAGCUUCUGUGCUCAGAAAGUGGCAGAUCUCGGUCAGGCUCGCUUUUGGAACAGUUUGUGAGUUUCGAGAAUCACUAGAAAAAAGUUGUCCAGUUUUCCACAAUCGGAAGUUGUAUAAUAUUCAGAAACUGUAGAAUAAAUUUGAGAAGUUUUUGAGAAGAGUUUUCUAGAAUGAACGCAGUUGAAUGAUUCAGAAACCUCGUUUACAACAUUUACCAAGACUGUUACGAGCAAACGAGCAGACCUUUCGGAUCAGUUGCUUCGAAAAACAAGUAUCGCGGAUUUGUCGACCAAGGGGUAUUUUCAUUUCGCAGAAGGUACUGAAAUUUGAAUGAAAUUCAGGCUCAAAUCUCCAUGUCUUCUACUGAUAACCAAGGCGGUUUCCUCUGCUACGCUACCGCCGGCGCUUCGAACUAUUUGGACAUUCCAGUGAGCAAAUCCUAAUUUGAUGAAAGCUACUUUUUUAAGGAUGUGCGUGAUGCUCUGCAUGUCUCGCCUCAAGCUGGUAACUGGACUCCUUGUGUGUUAGUCAGACAAUAUAAUACGUCAUCGUUGUUUUUUUUUUCUUAGAGACGACAUCAAUAAUAACUACGUUCAACAGCACAACGACACCACAUCCGUUUUCCAGCACAUGAUAGAGUUUGAUAGACUUCCCUGAACAUAACACAAUUCUGGUGCAGCUCGGGCUAUCCGCUCCGCGUCUUGAUAUACAACGGUGAUGUCGACCAAGCUUGCAACUACCUGGGAGAUCAGUGGUUCGUCGAAAACGUGGCGACCAAAAACAACAUGGCUAUCACUAAGAACUUCGACGCCUGGAGGUUGGAAAACUUUUCCAAAAGUUGCUGACUGUUUUUUCAGAUACAUGACUCAAAUCGCCGGUUACGCAAAGAAGUUCGACAACAACGCUGGUUUCACCAUUGACCUGCUUACUGUCAAGGUAAACCCUCAAGAUAAAAAAGAAGUUCUUGUAACGAUUGAAAAGAGUCACGAGAAUGUCUUUUUGUUAUUACUAUCAGCCGUGGCUUGACACAGCUCGGCUUCUUCAUACUCUUAAACUUUUCAAAAAAGUUCUCUAAGGAAAAAAGGAACGGAAAUUUUUGAAAUAAGAUUUGGUUAACUAGAAAAAGCCGUCGAUCCCCAAGCCUAACUUUUUUUUAUUAAACUCAUUGCGUUGAAUAUUGAUAUUUCAGUUUCUUUGCUUUUUUUCCUUUUUUUUAAAUUGAUUUUGUUUUAGGGAGCCGGUCACAUGGUUCCAACUGACCGUCCAGGACCUGCACUCCAAAUGAUCACAAACUUCUUCCGCAACCAAGACUACAGCAACCCGACUGUCUUCGAUUACUCCCUUCAUCCUCUGAAACCUGCCUAUCGCAUCGCUCAACGAGUAUGAGUUUUUCUCUUUUCAGACUUUCUUUUUGUUCAGGUCGCAGACAACGUGAACGCAAAUGGAACGUCUUCGGCCUCUUCCGAAUCGAUUCCACGGCCUUUGGGGUCCAACAGGAAAAAUAUCAAAGCAAAGAAAAUUGAACGCACAAGAAAAAUUGCCUUGAACCUGGUCAGAUGAAAUUUUCAACCUGAUUUAACAUAAGUUUUCCAGGCUGAAAGAAAGAGACUGAGUUUCGCAGCUUUUCCACCACCACCAGAUCAGACGAAGGCUCAAGAUGAGGUUAUCAAUCUGCCCGGUCUGACUUUCCAGCCAAACUUCAAGCAUUAUUCUGGCUAUCUCAAGGCUUCAACUGGAAAUUACCUCCACUAUUGGUAUUUUCAAUCAGCGUCAAUGGUAAUGAAAUAUGUUGAGGCUGACGGAGUCGCAGAGCAGUCCUGCGACUGAUCCGUUGAUCCUCUGGCUUAAUGGCGGCCCAGGAUGUUCAUCAUUGGGAGGUCUCCUCGAAGAACUCGGACCUUUCCACAUCAACCCCGAUGGCCAGACAGUUUUCGAAAACGUUUUCGCAUGGAAUAAGGUGGAUUUUCGAUAGACUCCCACAAAUUAAAAAAAACAUUUUUAUCAUAAUUUUUCAGGCUGGAAACGUUCUAUUCCUUGAAGCUCCGCGAGGUGUCGGAUUCUCCUACCGCAGUAAUGAAGUUCCUGCCGAUUCUUUGUACAAUGAUACCUACGUCAGUUUUUUUUUCCGAAUCAGUAACGGUUUUCUAUCAAAAUAUUUCUUUUUAGACAGCUUCUGACACCGUUCUGGCUUUGCAAUCUUUCUUCACGAAAUUCCCAGAAUAUAAAGGAAGACCGUUCUACAUCACUGGUUUUUUUCUUACAUAUAAAACGUUUAAAAAAAUUUUUUUAGGAGAGUCUUACGGUGGAAUUUACGUACCUACUCUUACCAGCGCAUUGAUCAAAAAAAUUCAGGUGACAGAAAGAAACUCAGAACUGUCUCAUUCUAUCCAAUCGAUUCAAAAAUCUAGCUUAAGUGCCUCAUUUUUUUUUCCUCAAUCGAUGAUUCCUGUAGACCUCCACUAACAUCACUAAAAAAAAGAAAAAGGGAGGGCUUUUCUUCUUCCGUUUAAGCAGGAGAAAUGUGUUGAAGGUUUUUUUUAUUGCAGAGCACAGAAAUGAGCUACGUCAACUUGGUCGGAAUUGGAAUCGGAAACGGAGAAAUGAGCGAAAUUCAACAAGUUUCUUCUUCUGUUUCUCUGCUUUACUUCCGUGGAGAGCACGGCAAAAAGUUCGGAAAAAAUUUUAAAAUUUCAAAGUUUGCUUUUUUUUUAGUGAUUGGGACGCUCUUUCCAAGUGCUGCGAUACUUCGAAACCACAAGCUUAUUGCGAUUUUAUUUCCUACAUCACUCUCGACACUUUUGGAAACGCUUGGCCUAAAGUGGGAUCAGAAAUCAAAACUGUUUGAAACUUAAUUCAAGGUUAAUGAUAACUCUACUUUGGCCGGCCAGUGUGGUAACUUAGUCGUUCAACAAGGAUUUCUCGAUGUAUGGACAACAGAGUGAGUAUCGAUAAAAUUCUUUCCCACGGAAGUUCAGCAACGAUGUCUACAACACCUUCAUGGAUUGCUAUGCCCAGCCCGGAGCCGCCGAUUCGAAACUGGUGAAGACGAAUUCUCGCAGAGUGAAGCGUUCGUUGCCGACGUCGGAAGCAUCUGUCCUCCCUCCACUUCUGAGCAAGCCUCUGUUCAUUGAUCAAGCGGUCAGCAUUCCAUUUCAAAAUGCUGAAACUGAAUAUUUUUUUGAAAAUCUACUUAUUUAAAAGUAGUUAAUUAAUGUUUAGACAAAAUUGAACUACGGAGCAACUGACGCUAAUGGUGGUUUUGCAUGCACAUCUGGUGAUUCCGCAGAAUCGUACCUCAACCUCCCAGCUGUUCGCCAAGCUCUCCAUAUCCCCGACUUUUUCACUACUCACUGGAGCGAUUGCAAGUAAAUUCAAAAUUAAUGAAAAAUUCAUAUUGCAUCGAACCAUGUGAAAAUUUUUUUCAGCGAUGACAUCAACGAAAAUUACAUCCAGCAGCACAACGAUACCUCGAGCGUUUUUGUAGACAUCCUUCAAAGCAGUGAGUUUGCUUGCUUUUUUUUCAGAAAUUUGAAAAUUUCGUACAGACUACAAACUCAAGUUCUUGAUCUACAAUGGAGACGUCGACAUGGCCUGCCAGUUCCUCGGAGACCAAUGGUUCAUAGAAAAAUUGGCUAAAGAUAACAAUAUGGCCUUUUCAAAGCCACACAACCCUUGGAACUACACGCAGGGACAGUAUGUUCAAAAUGAAGGUUCGAAAAAACGAAGAUUUUUUCAGAUAUCUGCCAAGAAUCGGUGGCUAUGUCAAACAGUUUAACUACAAUAACAGUCAGGCAACUUUCGAUCUGCUCACCGUGAAGGUGUGAAAACUAGACUCAAAUCUUCUUUGCUCAUCCAACAUCUUCUUAAAAUCAAAAAGACUAUUUCAGGGAGCCGGUCACUUUGUUCCUCAAGAUCGACCAGGACCCUCUCUUCAGAUGAUCUACAACUUCGUCAACAAUCUCGAUUACAGCCGCAAUCUCACUCUUGACAUUUCUAGAAAACCUUUGUUGCCGCAAUACACCUCAUCUCCAACACCUGGUGAGCUCAAAGCAUUUAAUCUUCAUUUUCCACAAAUAAUCGACAGUCUACCGAAACAUUGCUGACCACAUCUUCCAAUUGCCGGGCCUGACCUUCCAGUACGACUCUGGAUUCCAUGCCGGCUAUCUCAAAGCCUCACCUGGAAACUACCUUUACUAUUGGUAGAAAAACUAUUAUUUUUCCGCUUUCAAAUGAAAACGUUAGGCUUGUCGAAUCGCAGGCUGACACAGUCGCAACAGAUCCCGUCGUGCUGUGGCUUCAAGGUGGCCCUGGAUGCGCUUCGACUGGAGGACUAUUUGGUGAAGUUGGACCCUUCUUCGUCAAUCCUGAUGGAAAAUCUAUCUUCGAAAAUGUGUAUUCUUGGAACAAGGUAAGAAGAAGGGAGAGGUUACUAAAAUAAGUGUGUGGGAAACUACAGGCCGCCACAAUUCUGGUCAUCGAUUCCCCAAGAGGCGUCGGAUUUUCUUAUCAAGAUAAGAGCGUGAACCAAGACAAUAAAUGGGACGACACAAAGGUAAAAUUAAUUUUUCGACAGAUUAUUUUCAUUUGAAUAUUUUAAAGACGGCAAGCGACACAGCUCUGGCUCUCGAAGAUUUCUUCACAGCCUAUCCUUUCUUCAUGGAUAAGCCUUUCUACGUUGCUGGAGAAUCUUAUGGUGGAAUAUAUGUUCCUACUCUGACUCGUCUGCUCAUUCAACGAAUUCAAGUGAGCUCACACCGAGUUUUUUUUUUAAAUUUUUUUUAGGCCGGACAGUCAAAAAUCAAUCUGCAAGGAAUGCUUGUUGGAAACGGUUUACUCAGCUCUGUUCAAGACGUUAGUUCAUUUCUUAUGUUACAACCAUAUUCUGCUUAAUUUUAGGUGCGCACUCUUCCGGACUUCCUAUACGCUCAUGGAAUUUAUGACAAACCGUGAGUUUUUUUUAGAUGUUUUUUUUUUAAUAAAGUCUCAUUUACAGACAAUGGGAAGAGCUCCACAAGUGCUGUCAAUCCACAGAUCAGAGUGGCAGCUGCAAUUAUGAUCAAUACAUCACUAUUGAUCAAUACAGUACUGAAUUUCCGAUCCGAUUCAAACUGGUUUCUAUUUUAUAGCGAACGUCAAUGCGAAAAAAUACGACAACGCAACCUUACAAAAUUGUGCCAAUUUGGUUGAGCAGCUCUCAUUUGAUCGCAACUGGCGUGCAAUGUUAGUUUUUCCUACAAAAUUUGAAAAAAAGGGAGUUAUACGAAAGUUGUUUGAAAUGUAGGUAUGAUCAGUACAACCUCUACCAAGACUGCUACACCUACCCACAAGGAAAUUCGAACUUCCAAAGGAAAGACGCAUCCUCUAGGCUCAAAGUGAUGCCAAAUGUUCACAAAAACAUGCAAGCGGUUAGAAAAAGAUUUAUUUCAAGCUAUGAAAAAAUUAUUUCUGUAGAGUAUGUCACCCAACCUUCUGCCAAGCGUUUUCGACCCGCUCUCAACGGACGCCACUGGAGGAUAUUCUUGCUACCAAUACGACGCCAUCACUCGCUACUUGGCUCAACCCCACGUUCGAGAUGCCAUCCACGUACCAGACUUUGUCCAAAGAUGGGAAUUCUGCACGUAGGGCGUUUCGAAUUUGAAAUCAUGAUUUUUGAAUUAUUACAAAAAAGUUCUGAUAAGGUGCUGAUAGUAACCUUAUUCGUAUCCAAUAAUAUUUUGCUUCAACUAUCAUUUCAACUUAAAUUACAACUUACAUUUCAACUUAAUUUUCAUUUCAACUUGAGUUCUCUGAAAUAAGAAGAGCUUUUGACUAUUUUGGGCCGUCAUAAUUCAUUUAAUAUACUGUUGGAUUUUUGAAACUUCUCUAUUCGCAAAAAAAGACUAUUUUAGGGAUAUCAACUACGCUUCGUUGUACAAUGACACCACUCAAAUAUUCGUGGACAUGUUCAAUAGCGGAUACAACUUAAAGUAAGAAUUUUAGUGUCAAAUUAGUUAAAGUUUUGACUCAGAGUUCUCGUCUAUAACGGUGACGUAGACACUGUGUGCAGCAUGUUCGAGGCACAAAAUACUAUUCACAACUUUGCAAUCCAGCAAGGAUUUGUGCGUAUUUGAAGAAAUCACCUUUAUUGAAAAAUUGGAAAUUCUUUAGAAAGCGCCACAACCGAGGUCAGCCUGGAUGUACGCUCAACAAAUUGCCGGAUACGUUCAGAAGUAUCAAAACGGAAACAUGACCAUUGACUUGGUUACUGUGAAGGUUUAAAAAAACGGAAAAGGGGAAAUCAUCCGUUUUUCAGGGAGCUGGUCAUGGCGUCCCGGUUGACCGGCCUGGCCCGUCUCAACAACUCGUUUAUAACUUCAUCUCCGGUCAACCAAACUACAAUACCUCCGUUCCAUUUGACUUGACCAGAAAACCACUUCUGCCUCAAUACACGGUAAAUUUCGAUUACAUCAAAAUCUUUACAAGAAAUGCAGUCAUCAAUUUUUGAAUCGUUCUUGCGAGAGAAAAAAAAACAGUUCUGAAAAAAAUUAACCUCGCAUGAGCUGGGAUUUAUUUAGAACAACAACUCCUUUCUACGAAAUUUUUUUUGAGAUCUCAGCUGAAACCCUGAAAAGUUUUUUUUUUGGAAACUGUCAAGAAACGGGUGGUUUUUUUCAUCAAGUAUCAUAAAGCUUUCUGAUGAAAUUGUGCAAAAUGAUUCCUUCAAAACUUCGAAAACGUUUUCUUAUUCAAAAAAUCCGCUAAAUUUCUUUCAGGAGACAGGAGCUGGCGCGGUCACAGUCACAGCGACGCCUGUGACGAACGCUCCAGUGACGAGCCAAGGGCCUUCAAACUCUACAGGAAGUACUAAUCCACCUUCUACUACUGCCCCUACGACCGCACCAAUCCCCACGACAACUCGAGGCACUUCUAAACUGAAUAUUUUUGCUUCUGUCGCCAUUGCUUUUGUUUCUGUUUUCAUCCGAAAAUCGUUUUAAUUAUUAUUCAGAAAUCCAAUUGUUAUUUGGUUGAAUUGAUUUUUUUGGAGGCCGACUGGCUCGAAAUUGUCUCGGUAUAUAAAUUGUUGAUGUACGCAGGGAACAAAUCGCAGCGAAUUAGAGCAUGAUAAAUGGUAUAAGUAGAGAAGGCAAAAGACAAAAUUCAGUUUCAUCAACGUCCGUUCUCAAACAUGUAAGUUUCUUGAAUUCUCAUUUAUUUGUUGGAAUUACAAAUUUUCACCAGUCAAGUGAAAAUUUUCAAUGAUUUACUUUGUAUAGGCUUAGACAUCGCAUGAACAGCUCAAAAUGAUUGCGAUACGUUUUUCCGAAGAAAAAAAAUUAUAUUUUUUUCAAUGUUCAACAAACUCCUAGCACCGCGCGACCUCGGUUAAUUUUUUCAAUACUGAAUGAGAAUUUCUUAAAUUAUAAUAAUCAAUAUUGAAAAUUUCUUGAUGUUCAGAAAUUACCUUAUUUAGGCAGAUCAACGCGAUAGUUUAUAACAAAACUCGCAAAUUGGCGGGACACACUUUCAAAUUGGAGCUCAACGACAACGCUACAGUUGCCGAGGUGCUGCAAUUAGUUGCAAAAACGAGAAAGCAAAAUUUUCAGGCAAAACAAAAAAUUGAAGAGCUAACAACAGUACCCCACCAGAUACAAUGGGUCGUAUUUGGAAGUGAGUAUUUUUUUUUGAUUCUUAAAAAAACUGGUUAAUUUAUAGCUGAACACUUGGAGGACGAGAAAAUGCUCCGCGAAUACGGCAUUCGUGACGGUUACACUAUUUACUCGACUCCGACAUAUGUCGAAAUCCAAGACAUGCCAAACUUGUAA